GAAUGGUAUAUAAAAAAUUAAUUUCAAUUCUUUUUUGGAUUGAAAAUUAAUUUCAAUUGGUAUAAAAUUACAAAUAUAUACUCAGCCUAAUUAUAUGCAGCAGAUUGUAAUAAACGGCGGAGCCAAAUCCAAAACCAGGAAGGCCAAUUGAACCAGCAACUUCCUGAGUGGUCAAUCAUGGAUGCUUCGUCUUGGGAUGGAACCCUUUCGCUGAAUGAAUUUUCUCUUGCUGCUCGAUCUUUUGCGGAGAAAUGGAAAAUCAGUAACUCUGCUUCCCCUCCUUGGUUAUGGGUUAACGCCCCAAAACUGCCUUUUGUUGCUUCUCAACAAGUUGCGGAACGUUUCUGGUUGAUGGAUUCUUGUCAAUGGAAAACAUAUGUCUUCUCAGACCAAGAAAAUGAUGCUGCAGCUAGUCGUUUAGAGGAAGAAGGGCCCGGCUUCUCUAAGAAAGAAGAUGCAAUUGAUGAUGCCACAUUGGUGCAUAGCAAUCAUCAUGAAGUGCAUUACUAUGAUUUCCACAUAGUCUACAGUGCUUCAUAUAGGGUUCCAGUGCUAUAUUUCCGUGGAUAUGAUAGCGAAGGACUGCCUUUGCAGUUGAAUGAAAUUGAAAAAGAUCUUCCUGCUUGCUCUGCAAAGGUGUUGCUGGAAUCUAAGUGGACUUUUAUAACUCAGGAGGAGCAUCCAUACUUAAACAGGCCAUGGUACAAGUUACAUCCAUGUGGGACCAGUGAAUGGAUGAAGUUACUUUUCCUUGAUGAAGCUGCCUUGGCUGAAAACAGAGUGGCUAUUGAACUAUACCUGGUGUCCUGGUUCUCAGUCGUUGGUCAGGUGAUUGGUCUUAGGGUUCCCAUAGAAAUGGUCAAUGGUCGUAUUAAUUGAUGGCUGUGAUUUGGUCCAAGAAAAAGUUUGUAACUAAACAUGAAAAGUUUAAACAAAUGAACUAGUUUUCUCAAAAAAAGAUGUGUAGCUUCUUUUGACAAUGUUUUUCGAGAAGAAAUAUAACAUAGCUAGCAUUUGAAUU